AUGGUUCCAGACAUCGCACCGAUGCCGCCGGGCUUUGCUGAUCUCCUCCCGGCACUGGACCCUUCUCAGGAUGGUCCGCGCCCACUGAGGGGAAUUCCCGAGCCCACGGUGCUCCCGGGACUUCCUGAAGCAGAAGAGGUCUUUGAGGCUUCCUUAGGAGUGCAUAUUGUCUGCCCUGGUUUUCAGCCGGACCAGCGCACAUUGCGCAUCCAGGUGCCUUGUGAGGUUCGAGAUGUGGAGUGGAUCCUUUCCAAAGACCUUGCGAUUUUUGCACAGGAUCAGAAGCCCAUUGUUGUGGCGGCCGAGCCGCAGCCGAGGUCCCAGGCUGCUGUGUUCCUGCUAUACCCGCCCUGGACUUCAUCUGCAGGGCUCAGUGCAGUUGUCUUUGAUCUCUCUGCCAUGCAACCAGGUGGCCGCGGUCCUAUUACUGCAGGCUUUCUGUCACGGCCUACCAAUGUUGCAGAGAUCAGACGGGAGACGGGCAUUUAUUCCAUGCCGGACUCCUGCCGAAUCUAUGUCGGCUCUUCGACAGUGCCUCUUGGUCCGGAGACCUCCGUUGCCAUAGAUAGUGGCUGUGUUGUUACCCUCCGCAGGGAGGCUGAUGGGCCACCGACUCAGUCAGCUCCUUUUUGUGAAAGGUUGAGGUUGAGGCCAGGCGGUGAGGAGGAAAUUCAGCUGCCUUUUAUCCCCGCAGCCCGUGCCGUCACCCUCCUUCAUACUUCUGGCAGGUUUCUCUUCAGUGGAGCUAGGGCUCCGCAUGUCACCCCUGAUCAGGCGGCCGCAGAUUUUGUGGGUGUGCCGCGCCAUACGGUACAAUUCUGCGCCCCAGCCCCGGGCUUCCUGGAGAGACUCGCCUUUCGCGGUUCCAAUUUAACGGGACUGAUUGCCUUGGUUGAUCUUGAACCAGAUGGUAGGCCUCCCAUCAUGGUCUUCAUAGAUUUGCGGCAGGUCGCAGGGGCAACCCAGUUUGCCAAAUUGGAUGACUGCAGGAUCACCAACGAGCAGCUUCGCUCGGUCCUUCCGUUCAGCCCACCGCCGGGUUGGAAGCUGAAGGUGCAAGGAGGCAGGCGACGUGAAGGUUACAUCAAGGUUCACUCCGCAGACACUCUUGUCUUCAGCUUUGGUUGGGCCGCUGAUUCGGAUUCCGAUUUCGAAGUGUUUUCGGAUUCCUCCUCUGACCGAGAUAACGACGACGAAGGGGAGGAGGAGGAUGAGGACGAGGAUGGGCAUGACAGUGACUGCCCCUCACAAGUCCAGGCACAGGACGCUUCCGGCGUCACCUACCACCGAUGGAUCAUAUGCGCCGACAUUCAGGCUGACAAUGUCACUUGCGACAGAGGCCUGGAACAGAUUGCCGGAACAUUCCCCCUGCAACAUUUCGUUGUCCAUGGUGGCGACCCUAAAGGCAUCAGGCAAGCCAAAGUGACAGAUGCCAGUCAAGGAGACCCACUCCCGGCCUCGGCAGCAGGUCUUACUGGCCGGCUGGAACUGGAACUUCAGCGCACUGGUCGCGGGCCAGACAUCAAUGACAACACGCCCGUCUUUACGGCCGAGGCUCCAGGCCUUUUCAUGCCUCAACAGCCCACGCCAGCCUUUAUUCGGGCUUUGUUCUUGGUCUUCGCCCCUGAAGUUGCGCCAGAACCCAUUGUGCUUCCGCUUCCUGUUGACAUCACAGUGGAAGAUGCGCUGCAGCGUGUAGGUCAGGCAAGAAUGCCUGAUCUGGCUCGACGGUUUCACAACCUGUUGCCAGCCAGCCCUCAGCCCUCCAUGCGAUUUGCGACCUUGGUGGCGCUCCCCUCGUGGUGCACUGCUACUCACGUCGUCUUUGACUGUGUCCGUGUCAAUGACACUCUGUUUGUGGCAUGCGUCCUUGGAGAAGUUGACCGCGUUCGGCUCCUGACUCUCGCCGAUUUGGACCCCACUGCGCCAAUAGAGGUUUAUGUUCCGGAUAGACCUAGACCGCUCCAACCAGGAGAGAGGGUCCUCCUCUUCAGUGGACAAUGCAUUCAUUUUGUCCCGAGUACCCACCCGGCUUUCGCUGUGGCGGAGCUCUCCGACAUGCGGUGGGACGCUGAUGCCUUCAUCCCAGGGGCGUUAGGCACCUGGUUUUAUGUCAUCACCGAUGCCGAGCCUUUCUUUCUCGGCCGUGCUCCGGGGGCUGGCCCCAUGCGCUCAGCCAUUGCAACCACUCUCAAUUGCAGCGAAGAGGCAAUUCACAUUCAGCCAGCCGUGCCCCGAGUCCUGGAUGCCUUUGAUUUUGGUAUGUUAUGCCAAAAUGUUAUUGUUGCCUCCCAGGCUUUCUGCCCGGACACUGAGGUUGGAGCCACAGAGACAGUCUUCAUCUAUGACUUGAGGCCCAUCUUAUGUGGUUGGUUUUGGAGUGUUGCCAGGGAUCAUCGGGUGCAUGUGCCCACGCUUGUCAGUCGCUUUGAGAGCGCAUGCCCAGAGGGACAUUUUGUCUCUAUUAGUGGUGGCUUGCCCAGUCAGGAUGCUGAUGGCCUUUACCUGGAGGUGCAUCCCGGAUGCGUUCUCGUCGUUGACUUCGUUGCCGGUCCCAUUACUAGCAGUGCUUGCGGCUCGGACUCAUCGGACUCCGACUUGGACUCUUCUGGUGCCGGGGGAUCCGACUCUAACUUUGAUGAAGAUGCUGCGCCCUCUGCUGGACCCACUUUCGCCCCUCCGGUUGUGCGCUCAGCUGAUCCGCGGCCUCAGGGCCACGACGCCGGCAGUGCCCACGGCAGGGCCCAUAUCACUCGCACAUUGCGCUUGCUCCCAAGCCUUUUUCCGUUAGGUCUAGGCCUCUUUCCGUUCGAGAUGGCAUGUGUGCCUUUGGUACUCGAGAUGUUGCCCAUUCCUCUGGGCCCCACAGGGACACCCCUGCCCUCACGGUUGCCCUUUAAGGCCUCUACCAACCCCCUGCCGCGCCAGGACGCGGCUUCCAGACCCGACUUUCGUGGCUUCUACGAGUCGAGCACCCUCAUUGAAGUCCUUCUGGAGCAUUUUGGCAACCCCCAGCACCCCUUGGUCGCAUGGACAUGGAUGCUGGCUUCAAAUGCGCAUGACUUGCCGGCACUGUUUGCCAUGGAAAGCGAGGCGUUCCGGCUGCAGCUUUUUCCCCAACAGCCUUCAACCUUUCGCAGAUACGGACAGCAAGAGGUCCAGAUUGAGUCAGGUCAUGUCAAAGUUGAGAUUACGGCCGUCUCAUACAAUGCAUUGACUCUCAAAGACAAAUGCCGCAAAGGCCAAUCAGAGGCAGAGCCGGUUGGUCUCCGUGUCACAGGACGCCGAGCGGUUCUGAUACGGGAGCUUGACAAACAUGCUCCAUUACUGGUCGGACUUCAGGAAACGAGGCUGCAACAGUCUGCCAUUUUACCGGACAGUCACUACGUCAUGUUGCAGGCCGGGGCCACCGAACAGGGGGUCGGCGGCUGUGCCUUGUGGAUAGCCAAACACAGGCCGUACGGCUUCUAUCAAGGUAAACCGCUCUUCUUGAAAGAGACGCAUGCCACUGUCACGGGCUACUCCCGCAGGCACAUCAAUGUAUGCCUGGAGGCUCCCUUUUUACGCCUCUUUGUAUCAGUCCAGCACGGCCCCUCUCUUGCGAACCAUACGGCUCAGGAAGUCACGGCCUUCUGGCGAGACCGCCAAGGCGAGGUUCAGCGCAGGCCACAGGGCAUGGAUUAUAUCCUACUUGUGGACUCCAAUGCACGACUUGGAGACCUUGUCUCAGUCGCUGUCGGGCCGCACCAGGCCGAGCAAGAAACGUUUGCAGGUACCCUGUUUCAUGAUUUCGCGCUUGCCUUGGAAGGGUUUCUGCCAGCUACCUUCCAGGACUUUCAGACAGGCCCCGGGGAUACGUGGAGCACGGUGCAGGGCAGUCUUCACCGCAUAGACUACAUCGUGCUUCCUCAGGCAUGGCGCUCCUUUGACAUUCAAACGCGCACGCUCCAAGGUUUUGAGGCUCUCCAGCUUCGGGAAGACCACACCCCGGUGGCGGCACAUCGUCCACAGCCAGCAACUGCUCCAGCACACAGACAGCGACAGCUGGAGGUCCUGUCUUCACUGCAGCCUGCUCCGUGGUGGGCCGAUGUUGACACUCAGUUUGACUGGUUCGUACAGUCCUGGACGGCAGCUGGUUCGCUGCUUGAUGAGGGUUCCGAUUCGGAGCUCUGCAGCCUCAUCCAUAAGUUGGGGUUACCUUCCAGUGCCAUUACGGAGCUGGCCCAGCAACUCCGCACGUUGUCCAUUCUGCCCGACUUUGGUGCCAAUGCACACUUGGCGUCCAUUGUGCAGGACAUGUUGAGUGCCACAUGGUUCACUAUUGGCAUCAACGAUGUUAUUACCCUUACUCGCAAAGGGUCGAGGCCCGGAGAUCCAGCUGCGGACGUUAUCUUCUCCCUUGUUUUCGCUGCAUUUGUGAAGACUGUUGACGGUAGAUUGCAGACUGAGGGGCUUGCUCCGAGUCUCGCAGCUUGGGGGCCCAAUCAUUCCUGGGCAGAUGCUGACGCUCCGCUUAGUUUGGGCUUGCCGUCUUGGGCUGAUGACUUUGUGUCCCCAGUCACAGGCCGGAACCCCUCGCAACUGCUGGACCACUCCCAGCGGACCGCGCAGAUCAUCCAAGAAAUGGCAACGUCGAUCGGCAUGAGGCUGACUUACGCGCCUGACAAGACUGCCGCCCUGCUUCCAUGUGGGGUUGACUGGCAGCUACAUGGUGCCACAGUCGACCCCGAGCUAGGCAUGGGCUUCAGUGUUCAAGAUCGCCUGGCCGGGGAGAGCCACCACGUCGAGGCGGAUGUUGACCUGGUUCUUCAGUACUUGCCUGGGUUGAGUCCUCUAUUCCUUGAUGCGAUGCGGGAGGAUCCCAGCUGGUGGCUUGGACAGGUCAAGAAAGCCUGCAAGAUCUUUCAGAGUGACAUGGACGCCUGGCAUCGCCGUGGCAGCCCCUCGGUUGCCGUCCCGACAGGGGAGGACCUGCAGGCAGAAGGGGCGACCAAGCCCUACCAGUGUCCACUUUGUCCAGCGUGUUUCCCUCUAAGGAAACAUGUCGGCGCCCACAUGGCAAAGGCUCAUAAGACGUGGAGCCCCACCAGGCACUUCACUCUGGACGUGUACUGUCACGGUUGUCAUGUAUGGUACGGGACGGCUGCUCAGGUCAAUUUCCACCUUAAAAGGUAUCCGGCUUGCCUACGCAGAGUCUGCCAGCUUUUUCCGCCUCUCACGACACCUCAGAUUCGGGCUGUAGAAUUCGAGGAGCAGCGGAAUGCUCGCAAGGUUCGCCAGGGGCAAUGGGCUCGCUUUAGAGGGGUACGACAACGUGCCCUUUUCUUUGGUCCCAAGACUCCUACUGCUUCCGAGCGCCUAGCUGGCGUCGAUUUUUUCGAUGAGGACCCACACGUCGUUGGAAGUCCGGAUGCUGAUUACAAGAUCUCGGGCGUCGUCUUGGGGAAAGUCUCCGAGAGCGCUGUCGACAGCAUGGCAGAAUUCGGUACGGUGUCGGCACCGCAUUUCAAGAAGAAGGGUGAGGCCUCGAGACGAGGUGCUUUGAAGGCCUGGCUGAAGCUCAAGGGGUCGACGACGGAGCCCCCGAUGAUGGGCAUG